AUUCAUUGCGGACCUCUCGAAGUGGUCACGCCGACAUGCGAAGCUCCCUGAUUCAGGAACAUAAAGACCCUCGCGUGCCCCUCCCCCACCGGACAUAUACGAGUACAGCAAAAAAUAUACAGCUUCAAGCACAUCUCCCGAAUCUUGCCAAUCUUUGACAUCAAGACGAAGACGAAACCUCCUGCCAGAAUGGACGGCACAAUAGUAGACGGAAAGUUCACCCACAACAACACCGUGGCCCCCGUCGCAGACCGCGUCCUCCCGCUCUUCUCCCUCAAAGGCCGCACCGCCAUCGUCUCUGGAGCUGGAGCAGGCAUCGGGCUCGCGGUAGCACAUGCCCUGGCUGAAGCAGGCGCCAAUGUCGCGAUCUGGUACAACAGCAACAAGAAAGCUAUUGAAGAGGCCGAGAACAUUGAGAAGGUUUAUGGAGUGAAGUGCAAAGCAUACCAAGUAAACGUCGUCUCCUUCGAAGCCGUCUCCGCCGCUGUCGAAACCUGCAUCCGCGAUCUGAACGGACGCCUCGAUAUCUUCAUCGCGAACUCGGGCAUCCCGUGGACCCAAGGCCCCGCCAUCGAAGGCGAGCUGGACCACUACCGAAAGGUCGUGACAACAGAUCUGGACGGCACGUUCUACAGUGCGAGGGCAGCGGGCAUACAUUGGCGGAGGCAGAAGAAGGAGCAGACUACGAUCGACGGGGCGAAGCUCGAGCCAGCUUUUAGGGAAGGCAGCUUUGUGGCGACAGCGAGCAUGAGUGGCCAUAUUGUCAAUAUUCCCCAGCUGCAAGCUACGUAUAAUGCUGCGAAGGCGGGGGUGAUACAUCUCUGCAAAUCUCUAGCAGUGGAAUGGGUCGGCUUUGCGAGAUGCAACACCAUUUCUCCGGGUUAUAUUGCAACCGAAAUCUCGAGUUUUGUUCCUGCGCCUACGAAGAAUAUUUGGAAGGACAAGAUUCCUAUGGGGAGAGAGGGAGAGGCGAGUGAGUUGAAGGGGGCAUACCUCUACUUGGCCAGUGAUGCGGCGAGUUAUACUACGGGAACGGAUAUCAUUGUUGACGGUGGCUAUUGCCUUCCUUAAGGUGUACAAGUGUUGUACCAAGAGGCAAGCCUGCUGUUAUCGAAUCAACCUAGGGCAAGGGGAAAGACGCCCUAGAUUAUUCCAUCUUCAUAUUCAAUCACGGACAAGAGAAAGGGGGCAAGAGAAAGUGGACAAGCUCAAAUCCUCAUGGUAAUUUAGACGAAGCCUCAAAUUGCAACAAGCCUCCAUCUACUCUUCUCACUCUCCUGACGCCUUGGUCCCAUCUCAUAUCACGUUCUCGAGGAGCCUCUAACACCAUUGGUCGCCUUCCAACAACCUCUCCCACCAAGUCCUAGUCGAGGGUUUGGAAAUUGACAUAUUAAUUUCUUCUUAUUUUAGUCGAGAUAAUAAGUAAAUAUUAAUUAAAGACUUAUUACUUAGGGAG